CACACAUCGAUCAUGAAGAAUCGGAAUGAAUUGAAUUUCUCACAUGUAGAAUGUAGAGGUAAAUUUUGUUAAUUCUCAACAAUAUAAGAAAAAGUGAUUAAUUAAUUUAAAUAUUUAUGUGAUUCAAUUAAUCAACAAACUCCGUCAGUAUGAGAUUCACUUCUGCACGGAAAUUAAAAUCUCUCAUCACAGUUGCUUUGGGUGGAUAUAUCAGCUUCUCCGCAUUAACUUACUACAAAAAUAGAAAUGCCUUUUAUAGAGAUAUGGUUAUGCCUUUGGUUCAUUUACUAGAUCCUGAAAGAGCGCACAACCUAGCUGUAUUCGUAAGUCAGUAUAGAUUACUCCCUAAAUCCAAUUAUGAUGAUCCAUCAUCUUUAAACGUAGCUAUUUUUCAAAAAGAAUUCACUAAUCCUAUAGGUAUAGCAGCUGGAUUUGAUAAAGAUGCGAAAGCUGUGCUAGGACUUAAAGAUAUCGGAUUUGGAUUCGUUGAAAUAGGCUCAGUGACUCCCAAUCCUCAACCGGGUAAUGAGAAACCACGGGUUUUUAGACUUCCAGAAGAUUCUGCAGUCAUAAACAGAUACGGCUUUAAUAGUGAGGGCCAUGAUACUGUUCUACAAAGGAUUCAACGCAUAAGAAGUAGUAAGGAAAAUGUUAUCAUAGGUGUAAACUUAGGUAAAAAUAAAACAUCAGAUGAUGCAGUAGGUGACUAUGUAAAAGGAAUUGAAAAAUUUGGACCGUUUUGUGAUUAUUUGGUAAUAAAUAUUAGUAGCCCCAACACACCAGGUCUUCGAAGCAUGCAAAAUAAAGACGUAUUAAAAGCACUUUUAAGCUCAACCAUAGCGGCUAGAAAUAAUUUGAAGAUGGACAGUAAACCACCUUUAUUACUAAAAUUAGCACCUGAUUUAAAUACGGAAGAGAAAAAAGAUAUAGCUGAAGUUCUUAAACAAACAGCUUGUAGAGUAGAUGGACUUAUCAUUAGUAACACAACAAUAGAUAGACCGGAUUAUUUGCUAUCCACUAACAAGAAAGAGACUGGUGGACUGAGUGGAAAACCCUUGAAGGAAAAAUCCACGGAAAUGAUUAAAGAAAUGAAAAGAUUGACUAACUUGCCCAUUAUUGGGGUAGGAGGUAUCUGUACUGGUGCAGAUGCUUACGAAAAAAUCAAAGCUGGUGCAAAUUUGGUUCAAAUUUAUACCUCUAUGGUAUACGAAGGGCCUGAGAUUGUAAGUCAAAUAAAAAAGGACUUGGACAAGUUGAUUACUGCAGAUGGGUUUAAUAACAUUACAGAGGCUGUUGGCAAGUCUGUUUAAUCUGUAGCUACAUAAAUGAGUCACAUUUUUCAAUUACUUUGAAGUUACACAUGAUACUUUUGAUUUAGAAUUUUUUUUAUGUGGUACAUACUUUUCAGUUAUUUGGUACAGAAAUUCGGCGAAGUCAUAAAUCACAUAAAAAAUGUUAUCUUUUUACAUAAACAACUUAAAAUAGUCUUUAUAUUUAAGUGUAUAAUUUAUGAACGAUUUUGAAAUGGGCUGUGUUUUAUAAAUGUAUUUACUGAUGGAAAUAUCUUGUUUGUUAGGUCUUUUGUUUUAAUUUUUUAAUGCCAAAAUAAUAUUUUGUAUUACUUUUAUGUUAAAAGUUAUUGUUAUUAAUCAUAAAAUAAAUCAAAUUUAUAACUGUCAA